AAGAUGCCCCUAUGUGCGCGGGACGUACGAACGCGGUUCGCCUGCUGGCCCUCCCUCUCUGAGUGUCCACUGCCGCUGAAGAAGCGCCGAUCCGCUGAAAACUCCGAAGCGUCAGAUGGAGAAGGCGAAAGCAUUCUUGGAAUUGACGGAUGAACAAUCCCACAGCGUUUCGCGGCUCGCUUUCCGGCCUCACCGAGUCCACAUCGACUCCAGCUUCUAUGAAGAUUUUGCGAUUAAAGGCCUCCGAGUUGAUCGAGUCGAACCCGGACUCAUCGCCUGUUCCUUCAAGGUUCCUCCACGCCUCGUCGACAGCAAUGGUAAUCUGUCAUCGGGUGCGAUAGCAAACCUGGUUGAUGAGGUUGGUGCUGCUGUGAUUCACGGUGAAGGUCAACCCAUGGAUGUCUCAGUGGACAUGUCAAUCUCUUACAUCUCCACUGCCAAGCUUAACGAUGAGUUGGAGAUCACCUCAAGGCUUUUGGGACGGAAAGGAUUUUAUUCAGGUACAAUUGUUCUUCUUAAGAAUAUAGCAACUGGGGAGGUUGUUGCUGAAGGUCGGCACUCACUCUUUACUAAACCAGCUAGCAAAAUUUGAGCCUGAUUCAUUCGAUUGUAUGCAAGUACUCAAAACACAAUUUAGGAUCUUACUCUCAGCACAUUGUAGUGCAUGUUGAGAAGGUUUGAAAACCACCACACUUCUAAAGUGGUGAGUGUUGUGUAUUUAUAAUAAAUUAGAGAUUACAUUGAAUUAUUACA